UGUUCAGUUCCCUUAAACUAAACUGCCAAUUUUGUAGGUUGUUGCCUGCUUUAGACAAUGGAACAGAUUGAGUAUUUAUAUCUUCUGCAAAAAGGCUGAUAAGGUACUGUACCAGUCUCUGUGAAUAUUAGCAUUUUUUUCACAUCAUUGUCGCUUGGAUGACUGGCAGUAAGUCAUGGCUUUACAAGAUGUGUGUGGGUUUCUCGACCCCUCUCAUGAUCUUCAGUGGAAUCGUCCAUGUUUGUGGUCCAGGUCGCCGGAGAGUACCUUUUGCAUAGGUGGCUCCAAUACCAGAUGGCUGCAGGAAACCAGAAAUUCAAGUCCACUGGAAUUUUAUGUGCCAGUGCAUGAAUACCUAACGCAGAGCCCUAUUCGGUUUGGUCAAGUCCAACCUAGCUUAGACAACUCACCAUGGACCUCCAAAAACCGUGAUCAUUGCCACCACUCUUUACCCUCACUGUCCACUCACUCCGUCAUUCCACUGUCGGCCUCUCCCUCUGUUCCCCUCCCAUUUCCUCUGGGUCACGGCACCACCACGCUGGGAUUCAUCUUCCAGGGUGGAGUGAUUGCUGCAGCAGACUCGCGAUCCAGCUGUGCGGGCUUGGUAGCAUGUCCGGCAUCCCAAAAGAUCAUACCUGUCCACUCCCACCUGGUGGGGACCACUUCGGGUACCUCGGCCGACUGCGCCCUCUGGAAGCGUAUCUUAGCGAGGGAGUUGAGGCUUUACCAGCUUCGAAACAGGCGGAGGCUGUCGACGGCGGGUGCCGCCAAGCUGUUGUCCCACAUGCUGCACCCUUUUAAAGGCACUGAGCUGUGUGUGGCUGCCACUCUGUGUGGAUGGGAUGGAGCGCAGAUGGAGAUGAUACCAUGUACAAGUGACAGCAGGGCUGAUAGCAAAUCAGCGGCAGAAAGAGAUGCCAACACUUCUGUAGAAGACAGCAAUGGUAAAGCACCAGUGACAAGAGAACCUUUUCAGAAUGAUCCUAAAAUCCAACCAACAGCCAUCUCUACUUCAAUGACUACAAAACACUCUGGUCCAGGCCUUGUUUAUGUGUGCAGUGAUGGCCUCCGUUUGAAGGGUGAGCUCUUCUCGGUGGGUUCAGGUUCUCCCUAUGCUUACUCAAUCCUGGAUGAGAGGAUUCACUGGGGGAUAAGUGUCGACGAAGCGGUCUCUGUAGCCAGGGAAGCCGUGUAUAGGGCCACGCACAGGGACGCAUAUUCAGGCAACAACGUAGACCUGUACCACAUCACGGCUAAAGGUUGGACACGCAGGAAGAGGGAGGACCUCAAAGAAGAGUACUACAGAGAGAAGGAGAGAGAGAGGAGAAGAAUAGAAGAGAGGAAGAAGGAGAGAGAGAGAGAAAAAGUCAGGAAAGAUGACCAGCCUGAGUUUAACCAGUAAAAGGAUAAUGGUCCUCGGGAAAAAAUAAAUAAA